AUGUCACCAGACCCUACAGCUCCCGCCAAGCAGACUUGGCUGCAUGCUCGCCAACGCAUAUCGAAGUCACAUGAUUCGUCCGCAAAGAGACAGUUAAGCGAGGCUCCUUCAUUGAGCCGCCUCCCUCGUCUUGUCUUCGCGUGUUUCUCGCUGGGGGCCGACUUUCAUCUUCACCCACCUCGCCUCACCUCACCUCGCUUCACUUCAACCUCAACACCAACCACCCCUAUUCCCGGCGGUGGUGAAGCAUCCCAGCCCCUUAAUUUCUAG